GAUGACGUCACCGAUGGCGCGUUCGUGACGUCAGAGGCGGGCGCCACACUUGAAGACGCUGAGAGAGGCGGUGGCGGUGGCACCGCUGCGGCGCUGUCAUGGAGCUAGCACAGGAAGCGCGGGAACUGGGUUGCUGGGCGGCCGAAGAGAUGGGGGUGCCCAUGGCGGCCCGGGCCCCGGAAUCGACGCUGCGCAGGCUGUGUCUGGGCCAGGGGGCUGACAUCUGGGCCUACAUCAUGCAGCAUGUGCACAGUCAGAGGACUGUCAAGAAGAUCCGGGGAAACCUACUCUGGUAUGGCCACCAGGACAGUCCACAGGUCCGUAGGAAGUUAGAGCUGGAAGCUGCUGUGACCCGCCUGCAGGCAGAGAUCCAGGAGCUCAACCAGAGUCUGGAGCUGAUGGAGCGAGACACUGAGGCUCAGGACAUAGCCAUGGAGCAGGCACUUCAGCACACACAAGACACCCAGCGUCGAGCUCUCCUCCUCCGGGCCCAAGCUGGGGCCAUGCGAAGACAGCAGCAUAGGCUCCGAAAUCCCAUGCAGCGGCUGCAGAAUCAACUGAGGCGCCUGCAGGACAUGGAGAGGAAAGCCAAAGUAGACGUGACCUUUGGAUCCCUGACAGCGGCAGCUCUGGGCCUGGAGCCUGUGGUCCUGCGUGAUGUCCGAGCAGCCUGCUCCCUCCGGGCCCAGUUCCUGCAGAACCUCCUGCUUCCCCAGGCCAAGAGGGGCAGCCUCCCAACCCCUCAUGAUGACCACUUUGGCACUUCCUACCAGCAGUGGCUGAGCUCCGUGGAGACGCUGCUGACAAACCACCCCCCGGGCCACGUCCUGGCUGCCUUGGAGCACCUGGCUGCAGAGCGGGAGGCAGAGAUUCGGUCGCUGUGCGGUGGGGAUGGGCUUGGCGAUACCGAGAUAUCCAGGUCCCAGGCCCCGGACCAGUCAGACUCCAGCCAGACCCUGCCGUCCAUGGUUCAUCUCAUGCAGGAGGGCUGGUGGACUGUGGGUGCACUGGUCUCCCAGCGGAGCACCCUCCUGAAGGAGCAUCAAGUCCUGACCCAGUGCCUCCAGAGCCUGGUGGAAGAGGUGGAGAGACAUGCCCUAGGAUCCAGUGAGAGGCAGGCGUGGAUACUGGGGCUUCGGGGCUGUGGCCUGUGGGUGGAGCUCAAGUCCCUGCGUGCUCAGAGCCAGGAGCUGGAGGAUGCAGCCGGGCAUCGGCAGCUCCUGCUGAGGGAGCUACAGGCCAAACAGCAGCGGAUCCUGCGCUGGCGCCAGCUGGUGGAGGAGACACAGGAACAGAUCCGCCUGCUCAUCAAGGGAAACUCAGCCAGCAAGACCCGCCUGUGCCAGAGCCCAGGGGAGGUGCUGGCUCUGGUCGAGCGAAAGGUGGUCCCUGCAUCUGAGGCAGUGGCCCCGCAGAGCCGGGAGCUGCUGCGCUGCCUGGAGGAGGAAGCCCAGCAUCUGCCCCAUGUUCUGUUGGGUCCACUGCUGCGGCACAGCCCUGGAGAGUUGAAGCUGCUGCCCACAGUCCUACCGUCCAUCCAUCAGCUGCACCCCAUGUCCCCGAAGGGCUCCAGCCUCAUAGCACUGAGCCACAUGCUGGGGCUGCCCCCAGGGAAGGCCUCAGAGCUGCUCCUGCCAGCAGCUGCCUCUCUUCGCCAGGACGUUCUAUUCCUGCAGGACCAGCAGGGCCUCCGGUGCUGGGAUCUACUCCACAUGAAGACCAGCCUGCCACCGGGCCCUUCCACCCAGGAGCUGCUGCAGAUCCAGGCAUCCCAGGAAAAGGAGCAGAAAGAGAACCUGGGGCAGGCUCUCAAGAGGCUGGAGAAGCUGCUGAAACAGGCGCUGGAGCGAAUCCCUGAGCUGCAGGGGGUUGUGGGGGACUGGUGGGAGCAGCCAGGCCAGGCUGCCCUCUCUGAGGAGCUCUGCCAGGGCCUCUCCCUGCCCCAGUGGCGGCUGCGCUGGGUUCAGGCCCAGGGAGCCCUACAGAAGCUGUGCAACUGAAGAGAGGCUGCACAGAAGCCCAGAACUUCACUCUGUUCACCCCGACACCUCACCUCCCCCAGGACACCUGGAAGAAAGCAGCACCAGGAUUCCUUGGCCGUCGUCCCCCACAGCAUCUGCAGUCCCCUCGCUUGCUGUUCUGCGGCUCCGCUCAGCUCCCUGGCCCCGAUCCUUUCAUCCUGCUAAAGCCAAGAGAAUGGGGCCCACCCUGGGCACUCCUGAGAUCCCUUCAUCACUUUCAUUCUCAGCAAAAAGUAAUUGAGCACCUUCUCUAGGCGCUGGGGAGUCCACACAGAACAAAAGAGAAGGCCCUGCCUUCCAGGAGUUGAGUUCUAGGGAGGGAGAUGGAGUUUACGAGAUAAGGAAAAUAUAUAAGUAGGAUGCUGCAGGUUAACUGCUGUGUGGGAAAUCCAGCAGGAGGUGGGAGGUAUGAUUUGAAUCGACGGCCACACUGCCCAGGUCAUACACCAAGUGGUGAGCAGGAGCAACAGGGGUGGCCGAGGAAGGGCUUCCAGCUCAGGGCACCAGCACGUGCAAAGGCCCUGAGCCAAAAUAUGCUGGAAUAAGGGCCAUUGGUGGGGGGCAUUAUAGGGUGGGAGGAGGAAUGUAUUAAAAGAUGAAAUUGCCUUCUAGUUUGUAUAGUUUCUUUUUUCGCAUGUAAAUCAGCCAUUUGGAAUUUAUCCUAGCACGUGGAUGCAAUUUUGUUUUAUUUUACAGGGAUCCUAGUAACACUUAUUGAAAUUCCCAGUCACAGCACCAGUUGUCUCUGAGGGAAGGUGGGUGGCAGGGGUCAACUGAAGAGGAGAUGCAGAAACGUCUUAGGUAACGGGAACGUGCCAUGUCAAGGGCGGCGGAGGUGACACAGGUAGGGAGAGUUGUCAGCACUCACCUAGCUGUAGACUUAAGGCCUGUGCAUUUCACUGUGUGGGUGACUCAAUUUAUAAAGCAAAGCCUUACUCACUGCUUUUGAGAUGCCACCUUUUUAUGCACUAAAUUUCCAUGUUUAAUUGGGUUGUAUCUGGCUUCUCUCCAGACCUGCUUUGUAUUUAACCCUACAUGUGCCAUUACCACAGUAGUUUAAUAGAAAGGCUUAUGACACAUUGUCA